CUUACUUUUUCUUUUCUUCCCGUUACACGUUCAACUCGCGAAACCAAAGUCACCCAUCUGGGAGUCGAUCUGUCGAGAGCGCCGGUCCCCCGUCCAGUGCCGCUGCGUCGCCUGCGCGGCCGCCGCUGACCGCGGCUGCUCGCCGCUAUCAGGCCUGUCCUCGCACCUUGCCGGAUCGCACCUCGCAUCACUCCUCUCCGUCAGUCCGUCAUUCACUCACUCCUCGUCCCGUUUCAGGUUAUGGCACAAUCGGAUGGUGUGGAUUUAGAUAUGGAGCAGUCGUCAACUAACAGUGCUGUCAGGAAGCCUCGGAUACUGCUUGCUGCAAGCGGAAGUGUUGCCGCUAUCAAAUUUUCGAAUCUAUGCCGUUGCUUUUCUGAAUGGGCAGAAGUAAAAGCUGUUGCUACACAGUCGUCACUACACUUCAUAGACAAACCUUCACUUCCGAAGGACGUUGUUCUAUACACAGAUGAUGAUGAAUGGUCCGGGUGGAAGAUGAUUGGUGAUAGCGUGUUACACGUUGAGCUCCGCCGUUGGGCUGAUAUUAUGGUUAUUGCUCCUUUGUCAGCAAACACGCUUGCCAAGAUUGCUGGGGGAUUGUGUGAUAAUUUGUUGACAUGCAUCGUGCGGGCAUGGGACUAUAGUAAACCACUUUUUGUUGCUCCUGCCAUGAACACAUUCAUGUGGACUAAUUCAUUCACUGAGAGACAUCUCAUGGUGAUGGAUGAGUUCGGAGUUUCUCUUAUCCCACCAGUAUCAAAGAGACUCGCUUGUGGAGAUUAUGGAAAUGGGGCCAUGGCUGAGCCUUCUCUAAUCUUCUCCACUGUAAGACUCUUUUAUGAGUCUUGCACACAGUCUGGUAGUAACAACAAUUUUUGAUUGUGAAAACCUGUUAUACUUGGUCGAAUUAAUUCAUUGGAAUGCUAUGUGAAAAUGUUUUUAGGAUUGUGACCUGCAAACUCUUCAUUUCAAACUAUCCAACAGUAUUAUUUGUUGCGGGAACUACUGUGAGGAAUGGCAAUAGAGUCUAGUAUCAACUUAGCACUGGAG